AUGAGGCUCCUUCACCUACUACUGCCAUCGCUGCUCUGUGUCAGCCUAACAAAGGCCUACCUGGUCGCCCCGCCAGGGACACCCGCCCCAGGAGCAACUCAGCGGUGCAGCGGCUGGGUCCAGUCGUCGUACGCGCUGUCUUGCGACAUCAUCGUGAGAGUGAUUGGCAUGACUCUGCCGCAAUUUCAGGAGUGGAACCCAGCCACCAGCAUGAUGGGCCCCGGGUGCAACAUGAUCAACGGGCUCGACUACUGCAUCGAGGUUGACUUCAUUCAGUACACUGCCACCAUGACCACGGCGCAAUCCACGACCAGCUCGCCCGGCACGACCACAAAGGCCAGCACCACCAGCACCACCACAUCCGGCAACGGCAUUGCCACGCCCACGCCCAUCCAGGCCGGCAUGGUAGCAAAUUGCAACCGCUUCUACUUUGUAAAGGACGGCGAUAUCUGCGUUAACAUCGCUGCCUCCCAAAGCGUCUCCCUCACCAACCUGUACGCCUGGAACCCGGCCAUCGGUACUUCUUGCGGGGGCCUGUGGGCGAAUGUCUACAUCUGCGUGGGCACUGGGACGGCGGCGCCGACGACCACGGCGCCAGGCAACGGCGUGGCGACGCCCACACCAAUCCAGGCAGGGAUGACGACCAGGUGCAAGACUUUCCAUCAAGUUGUUGCAGGCGAAGUGUGCUUUGGUGUCGCAAGACCAGCGGGCAUCUCCAUCGCAAACUUCUUCGCGUGGAACCCCGCCGUGGGCACCGACUGCGGGGCACUAUUGCCGGGAUACUAUGUUUGUGUUGCUCUGCUGUAG